UGAUCAGACUUCGCGUUCCCGCCGCCCAUCUCUCUCUUUCUCUCUCACACGUUUUUAUUUCUUGUCUCUCCCUUGUUCAUCGCCGAAGCUGUAAGAAAACAUUGCCAAUUCUUUCUUAAAAAAAGCUUCUUUCUUUCCAAUACCAAAAAUCACAAGAUUUCUUCUUUCUUCUGUUUCAUCAGAAAUGGCGUUAUCCAAAAAUAGUAACAGCAGCAGCAGCAGCAAGAAGAAAGUUUCGUACAUCUCAGUCCCUUCUCAGAUAAUAAACUCUCUAUCCUCUUCAUCUUUACAAUCACUUCUUGUUUCUCCCAAGAAAUCCUCGAGAUGCACCAACAGAUUCAGCUUCUCGUACAGAAACCCUAGAAUCUGGUUCUUUACCCUCUUUCUCGUCUCACUCUUUGGUAUGUUGAAACUCGGCUUCAACGUUGACCCAAUCUCUCUGCCUUUCUCUCGUUACCCUUGUUCGACGAAUCAACCUUUAAGCUUCGACGGAGAACAUCGAGCCGAAUCCAAUCUGGGUUUCGCCCAAAAGAACGACAUUGGAUCGAAAUCUUCUCCUGGGUAUUCGAAUUCGAAUGCGAUUCUUCAACCAGACGGUGGAAAAAACGAGUCUUUGUCGACGGAAGGUGAUUUCUGGAAACAGCCUGAUGGGUUGGGGUUUAAGCCGUGUUUGGGAUUUAGCGGGCAAUAUAGAAGAGAUAGCAAGUCGAUACUGAAGAACAGAUGGAAAUAUCUGCUCGUUGUUGUCUCUGGUGGGAUGAAUCAGCAACGUAAUCAGAUUGUUGAUGCAGUUGUGAUCGCUAGGAUCCUUGGUGCUUCUCUUGUUGUUCCUGUUUUGCAGGUCAAUGUCAUUUGGGGAGACGAAAGUGAGUUCGCGGAUAUAUUUGAUUUGGAGCAUUUCAAGAGUGUUUUAGCGGAUGAUGUUCAUAUAGUUUCGUCUUUGCCUUCAACACAUGUAAUGACGAGACCUGUCGAAGAGAAAAGGACUCCACUUCACGCUUCUCCUCAAUGGAUUCGUGCUCAUUAUCUCAAGCGAAUUAACAGAGAAAGGGUUUUGCUUCUCCGUGGACUAGAUUCACGACUCUCCAAGGACCUUCCUUCUGAUCUUCAGAGACUCCGAUGCAAGGUAGCUUUCCAAGCGCUGAGAUUUUCACCGAAGAUUCUAGAACUCGGUAACAAACUAGCUUCAAGAAUGCGUAACGAAGGACAGUAUCUCUCGCUUCAUCUUAGAAUGGAGAAAGAUGUUUGGGUUAGAACCGGUUGUCUUCCCGGUUUAACUCCUGAGUACGACGAAAUUGUCAACAGCGAAAGAGAACGCCACCCGGAGCUUCUAACCGGUAGAUCAAACAUGACUUAUAACCAGAGAAAACUCGCCGGUUUAUGCCCCUUGACCGCUCUAGAAGUCACAAGGCUGCUUAAAGCUUUAGAAGCCCCAAAAGAUGCGAGAAUCUAUUGGGCAGGAGGAGAGCCUCUAGGUGGCAAAGAGGUUUUGGAGCCAUUAACCAAAGAGUUCCCUCAUUUCUACAACAAGCACGAUCUUGCUUUACCAGGAGAGCUUGAACCAUUUGCCAAGAAAGCUUCGGUUAUGGCUGCGAUCGACUACAUUGUCUGCGAAAAGAGCGAUGUUUUCAUUCCGUCUCAUGGAGGAAACAUGGGACACGCGUUACAAGGGCAACGAGCUUACGCUGGUCACAAGAAAUACAUAACUCCUAACAAGAGACAAAUGCUUCCUUAUUUCAUGAAUUCUUCGCUUCCUGAAUCGGAUUUCAACAGGAUUGUGAAAGAUCUUCAUCGAGAAUCUUUAGGACAGCCUGAACUGAGAAUGAGCAAAGCCGGUAAAGAUGUUACCAAACAUCCUGUUCCAGAAUGUAUGUGCUCAGAUAGACAACAACAACCACAACACUCAGAGGCUUAAGCAUUGAAGGGCAUUUUGGUCAUUUCACAUUGUUGGCGGCUCGGAAGGUGAAGAGACUGCCAAUUUUUGUUCCGAUCACCGGAGAGGUUUAUUGAUAGGAGGAAGGCGAUUUCAUGGUGGUUCGUGCAAUAUUCUUUUAGUUCGUUUUAGUCUGAUCAUUUUUUCUUCUUCUUUUGGGAGGGGUAUAUAUAUUCGUUAUUUUCUUUUCGACUGAGGUUAAUUUUACAUGUUUUACGAAAUACGUGGGAAGUAGAAUAGUGAGGGGGAUAUUAUAUGAUUCUUUGAUUCGAUUUAUUUGGACUGUAAUUAUAUAUUACAGAGUUGUAUACGAUUAUAGUUGUACUUGUACCAUAAAUAAAGCAACAGUUUCAUCA